CCUUUCCCGCAGCCAUGCACGCGCGCUGCAGUAUUGCCAGGACAACCUCGACGAGGCGAAUACGCCCAUGACCACCCUCUGCGGCCACCUCUAUUGCGCCGAGUGCGCCACCUACCAGUUCGCGAACGGCGAUGUGUGUGCGAUAUGCGCACGGCCCGUACGAGCUCGACGCGCUCAUCAAGCUCUACCCCGACUACGAACGCGAGCCGGGCGGCCGCCAUCGCCACGCGCGCAGGGAUCGGGGCGGCGGAUGGACAAUGAGAGAGCGGCAAGUACGGCGGUGGACGCACUGCACGGGUGCUAUGAUGUCUUGGAGAGCGAGGAUGUGCUGGACUCGCCUGCAUUGCGGUCUGCCCUGGAGAGGUAUGCCCGUAUGUCUGUGGCGGUUCUCAAUUGACCUUGCUCAGGACGGAUGACCUCGUAGCCGCGUUGGAGG